UAAUUCAGCCAGUUACUUCAAGUCCAUAAGUAUAUUUUUUUUACUCAAACCAGCCACCAGUUCUGAAGAAGAUGGCCUGCAUAAUAUCUUCUUCUGCAGCUCUUUCAACUCGGUCACUUCUCUCCACGGACUCAAUCCCAACUCAAUCAUCUCGCUCAAUCAAACCCAAUUCAAUCUCAUGGGUCUCUUCGUUUCCCUCUAUAAACAUCUCAAUCAACAACAACCCAUCCUCACUCAACAAGAAUUCUUUCAUUCAAGCUGCGUGGACCAGAAGAUCUCGAGGUGAACUUGAGAAGAAACCUAACAAAAAAUCUUGGAAACAGAGGACAGAAAUGUAUAUGAAGCCAUUCUUACUAAAUGUUUUCUUUUCAAGGAAAUUUAUUCAGGCAAAAGUGAUGCACCGAGGAACAAGUAAAGUGAUAUCAGUUGCUACUACAAAUGCCAAGGAUCUUAGACACAGUUUACCAUCACUCACAGAUCACAAUGCCUGUAGAAUUGUAGGGAAGCUUAUUGCUGAGAGAUCCAAGGAAGCUGAUGUGUAUGCAAUGUCAUAUGAACCUCGAAAGGAUGAGCGGAUUGAAGAAGAUUUCCCAUGGAAUUCUCUGGUCUUCUCUGCAUUAGCAUGCUUGCUUCAUUGAUGUUCAAUGCAUAAGUUCGCUACUGUUUUAGAAGUCUGCUAGCUUACUUUACUUUAUUCAUCUCAUCAGCUUUACUUGGAUGUGCAUUAAUGUCCAAGCCUCUUCUAUUUCGCUUCUUGUUCUGCAGCAUUAAAUCCUUCAUACAUUUUAAUGAAUGGAGAAUGAUGCAUGAUGAAGUUACUACCUGGUGUGGAAUUGUUCAAUGGAAAGAAUUAGUCAAUCUAAUAUAUAUAAGCGGCAAAUUUCAUGCUGUUUUUUCUCCU